AUGCCAGCAGACCGGACACGAGGCACCAAUUCUCAGGGCAGACAAAGGUCUUGCUCAGAAUGCGCGAAAUCCAAACGCAAAUGUGGCUUAGAGCAGCCCAGUUGCGCCAGAUGUAUCAGACAACGAUUUUCCUGCAUUUAUCCAUCGCAGCCUCACAUUAACGCCACAGUCCCGUACAGCUUCACAACUGAUAUCGAUCCUACGAUCAAUCAACUCAAUCUGCCUUUGGAUCUUACGGACCUAGAAAAUAUCAAUCUCGAUUUCAAUUUCGACGAGUCUGCCAUAGUCACAACCUCCAACACGGACACCCUGGAUUUCGAUUUCCCGGCUAAUACGACCUGUAUUACCCCCUUCCCAGCUGCACUGCAAAACUCGCCACACCUCGAGAACAAGAUAGCCAUCCAGAAAGCUCUGACGCAGGCGAGGAAUUAUUGCCUGUCCAUAAAUCUCUCUCCUUACGCAAGGGCGAGGAUGGGCUAUUUUCUCGAGCACAUGCAGCUGGUACCAAAAAUAAUGGUAGAGCAAAACUGCACGCCAUGGAUGCAUCCAACGCUUUACGAUAAGAAUAUGCCCCGUUGCAUGCAAGACGCACACGCUACAUGUGCACUCUACAUCACCAAAAACGAGAUCAACGCUGAGCGUGUCACAUACCAUAUCCGGAGUCGUGUGGAAGAACUGAUCAAGGAGACUGUACCCGAAACGCCGAUUGAGAUCCUCGCUCGAACCCAAGCAAUCAUGUUGUACCAACUCAUGCUUGUAUUCGGAGGCGACAUUCACUUCCGUACACAGGCCGAUGCCUUAUCAUCUCAAUUGGAUGACAUGGGAGCAAUGCUAUUGCCGAUUGCUACUGAGGAGAAUGAGCACGUGGGUGCUCUUCCAUUGUAUCCUUCCACAGCUGCUCAUUCAGCAUGGAGAUCAUUCGUCUUCCGAGAAUCAGCUCGACGUACAGUUCUGGCGGCAUAUCAAUUCACAGUGAUGUACACGGUCCUUACGGGUCAAAUCAAAACUUGCAGCCAAGAUGUCGCACUCCAGUCUCACAUCACACUAUCCGCGCACUUGUGGAGAGCUACCAACGCCUUCGAUUUCGCCAUGAGUUGGAAUGCAAAGAAUCACUUUGUUGUCAAGGGGUUGGACUUUACAAAUCUAUUGAAGGAAGCCCAGCCAGACGAUCUCGACGUCUUUGGUAACAUAUUGCUCAUCUCAUUGCAAGGUAUCGAUGAUAUUCGUGGAUGGUACCACAUACGAGGCGGGACGCUGGAGCUACCCUAA